GGGGGCGAGAGACACAACACGGUGAGCUUUGCUUUGCUCACAGGAGUCAGGGUAGCAGCCUGCAGAGACGCAUAAAAGUCGGAAGAAGGCGAGGCCUGGAGGGAGAGGACGCUUUUGAAGCGCCUACAUUGCUGCUGAUUUUGGAGACCGGUCAAUUGCUCUACAAAGUGCCUGGAUCGUCCGAGACGGCUUGUCAGGAUCUCGCCGCUCCGGAAUUAUGGGCGUGCAAUGCCGGCUCCAUGUCACUCUCGCAAUUGUCGUCGUCCUGGUGUCUUUUUUCUCUCAAACGGCAGCCAUCCGCACACAAUUUAACCCACUCUCAGGUCCUGAAGGCAAACUCCCGCCCCUUCAGAAGCCCGUCCCCGCGCCCGCCUGCGAGCGGCUAGAGUGCCCCCCGUACACUCUGGUCCAUGAAGACCCCAAAUUUGAGAUCAGGAAAUAUGCGGCGGCAGGCUUUGUGCAGGCGGGUCCAUUGGCGGACGUCUCGUUUGUGAGUGCCACGAAGCGGGGGUUCCAUAAGCUGUUUCAAUACAUUGAGGGCGCUAAUCUGAACGACACCAAGGUGCCCAUGACGGCCCCGGUAGUCACAACGGUGAUGCCAUCAGCAGGGCCCUUCUGCUCGAGCGCAUUUGCCGUGCGCUUCCCCGUGCCGGAAAAGUUUGAGCAGGGCCCGCCGGUGCCCCUCCCCGAGUUGGAGCUUACUGUGGUCAACACACCAGCCAGGUGUGUUGCAGUCCGCAAGUUCUCAGGCUUUGCCAAGGAUGACAACAUUGCAGAGGAAGCAGCCGAGCUUGCAACUAGUCUGGAGGGAACCAAGUGGGCCGCUGCCGCUGAAGGGGAGCGAGGGGUUGGGCAGGAGUCCUACUCGAUUGCUCAGUACGAACCCAUUCCAGUCUUCAGACAUAGACACAACGAGGUAUGGGUGCCGUUGAGCCUGAGUGGCACGGAAGUGGAGAACGAUUGCUCGCCGGCUACUCCAAUUCAGAAGUUUAAAGAUCAUUUGAGCACCCUUGGCAACCGAGUGGAGAGUCUGCUUCGUUGGGUGGGUCAGUCGUAAGUUUAGCGUGAAGUUUCAACGCUCCCACUCCUUCAAGGGGAGUGCGCCUUGUCCUUUUGGACUUUGGACUGUAGUAAGAUAGCAAGAAAGAGCAGGAGACUGGGAUGAGUUGACGGAAAUGUACCACAGAAAGGGGCAUGGCUCAUCUGCCAAAAAUAGCGUUGCGGGGCCUCUAGACGCACCUUGCGUGCCCGUGAAACGGUCUCUUCUCGAGAUCUUUCCAAGUUCUGACUUUUCUUCUUUGAUCGUGUGGCACUGUAAGUAUCGAUUGUCAUGAGUUAGUGUCGUUUCCUGCAACAAAAUUUUGCAAGAGCAAACGGGUUGUACUUUCUUUUUGAGAUAAUUGUGCAGCAAAUCCUCAAGUAACAACGAGGCACCACGGCCAUUGGCUGGCACGCCCCUGCAGGGCCUGGUCACGAUGUGCUUCGACAGGCCCAAUCUGACGAACUGCCUUCUACUGAAUACUCGAGUGGAC